AUUUCGAGUUUGUCAGGCUCGAAAUCGCGAUCGUCCUCGUCGUUGUCGUCUUCUUCGCCCGGUGGUUACCGGAGAAGAAAUGUGGGCGAUUCAGAGGACAAUUUGCAGGAGAAUCCAUGGAAUAGUUGAUGUUACUGUUCCAAAACUCUCAAGCUUCUCUGUAGUGUCGCCCAAGAACGUGGAGGUGGAGUAUGCAGAUGGGAGCAAGUUCAUUUUUUCUGCUGAGUUUCUGAGGAUCCACAGUCCAGCUGCUGACGGCAAGGUCAGAUCAAUUGGAGGCGAGAAGGUGAUAGCUGGACGGCGAUAUGUGGGCAUCAUGUCUGCAGAGCCAGUGGGAAACUAUGGGGUAAGGUUAGUUUUCGAUGAUCUGCACAGGACGGGGAUAUACCCGUGGGAUUACUUCCACGAGCUCGGGAGCAACAAGUUUGCCCUCAUGAGAAACUACAUAAAGACGCUGAAAAAACACGGUCUGAUCCGUGAUCCACCUCCAAGAAGAAGAUGAUUCUGAUAUUUUCCAGACAAAACAGAGACUGAAAGCUAAAUUCUGCCCUGCUUUGGUUGGUUCCUUUGAUCCUUGGAAGCUUUUUUUUAAUUUUUAUGUGCACUACUUGUCUGUAACCUUGUCGAGUAUCAGUUAAAUAAAAAUUGUCUGAAAGUUUUAGGCUUCC